AUGGCCACUUCAAUCAACCUGAACAACAUGCAGCCUCCAGCCAUGCCUCCCCCAACAAAUACGAAAACCGAGGCUGCAAGCCAGGACAGCCCGCAAAAGCCGAUGAAAAGUUCUCUCAAAUCUCAGCCAUCAACAGAAGGAGCCGACGAAGAGGGAGAUGGCGAGAAGAGUGCUUCAAAGGAAGAUGCAGACACAAGUGCACUUGUCAUGGCUACACAUAUGAACAUGUCAGGUGCUCUUCAACAAAAAAUGUCGGAGCUUCAAGCUAGUGGCUGGAGACCGCCGGAAGAGUCCAUUGAGAGUGACGACGACUACGAUGGGGUCGACAUGAUUAGCAAUAGCGAUGAUGAAGAAAAGAGUAUGAGAAAAGCCGAGGAAAAGCUGAUGGCUCAGGAUGAGGACGACGAUGAGGAGAGUAAUGCUGCUCUGGCACGAAGACUUAGUUUGUCCAGCCAAAACAGCAAUCAAGCUGAUCUAGCUUAUCUCGAGUUCAACGACGACUACCUGCUGGGAGAUGAUCCCUUCUCACAACCCUGGCUCGAUGCUGAUGAGAUCAUGGCUGCGCCCGAGUUCUUCCGCGAGGGAAGUCCCUUGACGAGAACCGAGAGCGAACAGACUGUACCUCCUCAACGUCGUGUACGUUUUGAGGAGAGAGCAGAAGCAGACAUGUCUGAUGAGACCGACUCGGAUAACGACAGCGAUUUCUUCCCCGACCUCUUCAUCCAACAAGACCACCUCGAUCCACGCUUCCGACGCUUGAUCGAGAAGGAUGACGACCAUGAGUUGUACCAGGACGACAGUAGUAAUGCCGGCUCUGAAUGGGACUUUGAGGCGGAUGAGAUGAGAAUGCUACUCAUGGAAGAGGACGACGAGGAUUCGGAUUCGUCAGCAGGCUCUAGCGGCUACGAAUCCGAUGACGGUGACACGACCGACGAAGAACCUAUGCCUCCUCCACCCAAGAGAGCCUCUACAGCGCCCACAAGCCCGAGCAGCAACGUCGCCACUCCCCGUCCUGCUACGGCAAGUUCUACUCGCAUCAGACUGCCCCUCCGCAAGAACAAGAACAAGCGCACUCCUACACAACCUAAGAUGGGCACCUUCAUCAUAGACCCUCAUCGCCCUGUUCUUACCAUUGAUGGAGUCGGUGUCUCUCAGAAGAGCACUCUGUGGCCUGCAAAGAUACAAUCUGCUGCCGAGAAACAGUUAUGGGAACGCAUGCACAUGCUGAGCAACACCAACAGCCGUGCUACUAGUCGUACCACCAGCCCUCGCCAGUCUGUCCAAUUGACUCCCUCUGGCGAGAGCGACGCAAUGAGCAUCGGCGAAGAAAACGACUUCUUUGACUCAUUUGGUGCCCUCCGUACCGAUCAGGUCAUCGGUCCACCUGAAGCCUUCACUCCCUUUGUUGAUGUCACUGCUUCUGGUGCUGUUAUCCACGACCAUGACGCUGCCGUUCCCGGUGCUGAGGAAGAACAAGACCCCAUGUGCUUCUUGAACUUCGAUGAUGACGAUGAUGAGGAUCAAGACAUGCCCGACGAGUCUGACCACGUCGCUUCUCCUACCACUCAAUCUUUCUCUUCUCAAGUCACCAACACUACAUCAUCCCAACCUGGUGGUUUCGAUCUGCUUGCUCAUCUUGAUCGCCAUGGCGUUGUCGGAUCCUUCCGCCGCAACCAACAUUUUGCCAAACACGUUGGAUCUCUGCCUUCGCAUCCUGCUCUUAGAGCCUCCAUGUCUGAGACGAACGCCAUGCAAACAGGUCGUCGUGCUGCAGCCAACACACCUAUCACGCCCUUGAGAAAGAAGAAGGCAAAGGGUGUUGGAGCACGCAACUCUCCCAUGACCACAACUACAAGUCCUCUCACUAAGAGCCCACCUUUCAAGAAGAAGGGACCUAUCAGAGGCGGUUUCAGCCGUAACUGA